GUGACUUCCCUCGCUGCCAACUCAGGACUGAGUCUCAAAGACUCUCACAUCAAAGACUGGUCUCUCCUCCUCGCGUCCCUGGGCAGUACAAUCGAUAAAGUCUCGAAUGCAGAAGACUAUGCUCUUAAACCCGAUCUCAAUGCUUAUCCUAGAACAAAUAUCCGCAUCCCAGCCAAUGACACCGAAUCUGAUAAAGGCGGCUGGGCAACUCUCUUCGAAGCCAAGGCUGCGAAGCCGAAAACUUCAUUGCUGGAAGGCAAGACGAUUGCCUUGAAAGACAAUAUUGCGUUUGCAGGAGUCAGGUGCACGAAUGGUACGGCGGCGAUUGAAUGGACGCCUCAAAUCGAUGCAACGGUUGCAACGAGGAUUCUUGAUGCUGGUGGGCUGGUGACAGGAAAAGCUGCUUGCGAGAAUGCUUGCAUGGAAGGCGUCUCCGAAACAUCUUGCACUGGGAAAGUGCACAAUCCCUAUGCGGAUGGGUACUCCUGUGGCGGGUCUAGCUCCGGUAGUGGAAGACUCGUCGGCUCGGGAGCCGUCGAUAUGGCAUUGGGCGGCGAUCAAGGAGGAAGCAUUCGAAUUCCCGCUGCAAACUGCGGCAUUGUGGGACUAAAGCCUACCUGGGGACUUGUCCCAUACACUGGCAUCUUGUCACUUGAGAGUACAAUUGACCAUGUGGGACCAAUGACGAAAACUGUCCGAGACGCAGCAUUGUUACUCGAUGUCAUUGCAGGCAAAGAUGGUAUCGACGACAGACAGCCCUACUUCUUACCAGCAGCAUACAUGAAUUACACGGCAACUCUCGACAAAUUCCUCUCAACAUCUCCAAAAGAGAAGCCACUCCAAGGCAUCAAGCUCGGCAUUCUAUCCGAAGGAUUCGACUUCCCAGGCAUGGAGUCAAGCGUCUCUUCCCUCUGCAACCGUGCAGUCCAUAAACUCGCCUCUCUCGGCGCAGAAGUCAAACCAAUCUCAAUCCCUCUCCACAACGACGCCGCAGAAAUCUGGAUGCUCUCCCUCCCCCUCUCAGGAGCGAAAACCGGCCUUCUCGGUCUCGCCGAAGGCCGAAAAAUGCUGUACUUGAAUGACCGUCCCCCUCUUCCCUCUCUCUCGCAAUCCCAAUUCGAUGCACUCGGCCCAGGAGCUCAAAAUCUUUACAUGCGCUACCUCUAUCUUAACUCCAAUCCCGCUUGGAAAUCUUCCAUCCACGGCAAAACGAACAAUCUCCUACGAAAAAUCAACGACGCUUACGACACCGCACUCGAAGACGUAGACCUUCUCGUAAUGCCAACCCUUCCGUCCCCCGCCUGUCUAUUGUACGAGGAUCCCGCGAGUAUAGGACCGCUGGAGAGGUUAGGGAGGAAUCUUGGAAUGGUGACGAAUACCGCACCUUUCGAUUCCACUGGCCAUCCGGCUUUGACGGUGCCCGUGGGAUUUGUGGAUGCGAUGGAUGAGAAAGGGAAGACUGAAGGGAUCAAAUUGCCGAUUGGGAUACAAUUUGUCGGGAAGAAGUUUUGUGAGAGUGAUUGUUUCAAGGUUGGGGCUGUUUGGGAGGGGGUUGUGGAUUGGAAGACGUUUUGA